AACCAACCGGCAACGAUCGCAUUCCUGUGCUCUUACAUUCCCCCUCAUACGAAGGAACAACGACCACCGAUACAAACACUUUUCCGCAGGCGAACGAACCACACCAUGGACGCCCCCACCAUCAAGUCCAAAUUCCUCACCACCAAUAACGAACUCGGUCUCGUCGCCGUCGGCUUCUCCGGCGGGCAAUGCAAACCGGGCGUCGACGCCGCACCCAUGGCGCUGAUCGAAUCGGGCCUGGUGGAGCAACUCCGCGACGACCUGGAAUACGCCAUCCACUACGACGGCCAAGUGCACGCCUACACCGAGCUCAUGCCCGCCGCCGACCCGGACCACCGCGGCAUGAAGAACCCCCGCGCCGUCAGCGCCGUCACGGAGCAGCUGAGCAAGCAAGUCUACGCCCACGCGAAGGAGGGCCGGUUCGUGCUCACGCUGGGCGGGGAUCAUAGUAUCGCCAUUGGCACCAUCUCGGGGACGGCGAAGGCGAUCCGGGAGAGGCUUGGGCCGGGACGGGAGAUGGCGGUGAUUUGGGUGGACGCGCACGCGGACAUCAACACCCCCGAGACGAGCGAGAGCGGGAAUAUUCAUGGGAUGCCGGUUGCGUUCCUCACGGGCUUGGCGAGGGAGAAGGCGGGGGAGCCGUUUGGGUGGAUCGGGGAGGAUCAGCGGGUCAGUGUGAAGAAACUGGUGUAUAUCGGUUUGCGGGAUGUGGAUCGGGGGGAGAAGAAGAUCCUGCGGGAGCACGGGAUCAAGGCGUUCAGUAUGCACGAUGUUGACCGGCAUGGCAUUGGGAAGGUCAUGGAUAUGGCGUUGGGGUGGAUUGGGAGGGAUACGCCGAUUCAUCUGUCGUUUGACAUCGAUGCGCUGGAUCCGAUGUGGGCCCCGUCGACGGGGACGGCGGUGAGAGGUGGCUUGACGCUGAGAGAGGGCGAUUUCAUUGCCGAGUGCGUGCAUGAGACUGGUAGUCUGGUUGCGUUGGAUUUGGUGGAGGUGAAUCCGAGUUUGGAGGAGCAAGGGGCGGCGGAGACGGUGAGGGCGGGGGUUAGUAUUGUGCGAUGCGCGUUGGGUGAUACAUUGUUGUGAGUGCGUGCCGUAAGAACUGUGCGGUUCUUGUAGGCUGGAGCAUCCUUCAUCGAUAGACUGCUACAACAACCAUACAAGUUGCUAGAGAUAGACGGAGCGAAUAUUCGACGCCCUACCGACCAUAACAGCUGCGGUACUGGUUGUUACAAGCCUUUGUUUCAUUUGGAAAAAGUUGGAA